AUGGCGCCCGAGGCAUGGUACAUGGACGACAGCAACGACGACCAGCGUCUGCCUCACCGCCUCGACCCCAACCAGCCCUGCUCCCUCGAGACGCUCUCUGAGUUGGGCAUUCUUUACUGGAAGCUGGACGCGGACAUCUGGGAGAGCGACCCCGAGCUGAAGCAGAUCCGCAAGGACCGCAACUACUCGUACGAGAAGUCAUUGCAAGCUCGAACAGAGGUCAAGCAGAUCCGCAAGGACCGCAACUACUCGUACGAGGAGGUGGUGAACAUCCACCCGGACACGCUGCCAAACUACGAGCAGAAGCUCAAGUCCUUUUACGAGGAGCACAUCCACACGGACGAGGAGAUCCGCUACAUCCUUGACGGCAGUGGCUACUUUGACGUGAGGGACUUUGAGGACCGUUGGAUCCGCAUCCACACGAAGAAGGGCGACCUCAUUGUGCUGCCAGCUGGCAUCUACCACCGCUUCACCCUCGACUCCACCAACUACGUCAAGGCACUCCGUCUCUUUGUGGGCGAGCCUGUGUGGACUCCUUACAACCGUCCGGCUGAUGAAAUGGAUGCCAGGAAGGAGUAUCUUGAGAAGUUUGCGAGGAGGACGGCAACUGCUGUUGCGUAG